AUGUGCGUUUCUUUAACUCUUCUCUCUCUAUUUAUCUAUUUAUUUUUAAACUUAUUCACCCAGGCUCCUUUUCUUUCUCUUCUCUUUUUCUCUCUUCUUUUUUUCCUCCCCUUUUCAUUUUCUAAUCCUCUUCUUUUUUUUCUCUUCCUCCUUUCUCCAAUCUCUUCCCUCCUUUUCUCCAAUCUCUUCUUUUUUUUCUCUUCCCUCCUUUUCUCCCAUCACCCUUUAUUUCCUUUUCUUUCAUCUCUUCUAUAUGGUCCUAUUCUACCAUAUUUCCAUUUUCCUUCUUUUCUCCUUUUCUGCCAUCACUUCUUUUUCCAAUACUCUCCCCUCUCUUUUUAUCCAUUUAUCUCCUUCUCUUUUAUCUCUUCUUUAUCCUCCUAUUCUACCAUCUCUCCUUUUCUUCCACCUCUUCUUUUUCCUCUUCCCUCCAUUUUGCCAUCUUUUCUUUUUCCUCUUCCCUCCUUUUCUCCGAUCUCUUCUUUUUCCUUUUCCCUCCAUUUUUCCGAUCUUUUCUUUUUCCUCUUCUUUUCAUUUUCCCCAUCUUUUAUUUUUCCUCUUUCUUUCUUUUCUUCCAUCUUUUCUUUUCUUCCAUCUUUUCUUUUCCUCUUCUUUUCUCUUCUCCAGUCUCUUCUUUUUCCUCUUCCCUCCUUUUCUUCCAUCUCUUCUUUUUCCUCUUUAUUCCUUUUCACCCACUUAUUUUUUAUCCUCUUAUCUCUUUUUCAUAUCUUAUUAAUCCUCAUACUCUAUCUCUCUUUUUUACUCUUCUCUCCUUUUCUCCCAUCUCUUUUAGCUCUUCCUUUCUUUUCUCCCAUCUUUUUCCUCUUCCCUCCUUUUCUUCUAUCUCUUCUUUUUCCUCUUCUUUCCUUUUUUCCAAUCUCAUUUCGUCUCCCCUUCUUUUAUCGCAUCACUUAUUUUCUUCCUCUCUCUUUUUCUUCAAUUCUUUUUUAUCCUUUAAUUUCCUUUUUUUAUCACUUCUUUCUCCUCCUAUUCUACCAUCACUCCUUUUCCUUCUUCUCUCCUUUUCUCCCAUCUCUUCUUUUUCCUCUUCUUUUCCCUCUUCCCUCUUUUUCUUCCAUUUUUUUAUCCUUUUAUCUUCUUUUCUUUCAUCUCUUCCUCAUCCUUCUAUUCUACCAUCUCUCCUUUCCCCUCUUCCCUCCUUUUCUCUCACCUCUUCCUUUUCCUCAUCCCUCUUUUUCUUUCAUCUUUUUCCACUGCCCGCUUUACUUUUUUUCUCUUCUUUAUCACCCUCUUAUUUUUUCAUCUCUUCUUUGUCUCCUUUUCUUCCAUAUUUGUUCUUCCCUAUUUCUUUUUCUUCUAUCUUUUCUUCCAUCUCUUCUUAUUCCCCUUCAAUCUUUUUUCCAUCUUUUCUUCCUCAUCAAUCUGCUUUACCAUCAUUUUCUUACCUUCCUUUUUUCUUCCCUUUAG